GGAGGCACCGGCCUAUUUGCAGGUGUAAUGUAACGGAGCUGUCGCAAAGAAUGGCUAAGAGGCUCCUCGGGGCAAAUACAUGGAGGGCCGUAGCGCGCCGAGGGCCCUAGAGACACGCUUUCGAGAAGGGACUUCCAGCAUCAUGACUGCUACAUCGAUGGCGCGCACUGUAGGGAAACACACCAGUGCAAAAGAGGAGAGGAAGAUGCGGAAGCCUCUCAUUGAGAGGAAACGACGCGAGAGGAUAAAUAAUUGUUUGGAUCAAUUGAAGGAGGCCGUGAUCAGCGCCUUCAGACUUGAUCAAUCCAAACUCGAAAAAGCCGACAUACUCGAAAUGACAGUGAAGCAUCUGCAAAACAUCCAGACCACUAAAGUCAAUGACCCUCUGGAGGCCCAGCAGAGAUACAGCACAGGUUACAUCCAGUGCAUGCAGGAAGUACACAACAUGCUCCUCACCUGUGACUGGAUGGACAAAACUCUUGGCUCCCGCCUGCUCAAUCAUCUGCUCAGGUCCCUACCCAGGUCCACCGAAGACCACGCCGUACAACCCACGGCCAGAAAUGAUGUCCCAACCCUGGUCAGUCAAGACGCUCGACCCCAGCGCACGACUAUCAGCAGGGAGCAGACCAGCCACCACGUGUCUGCCGUCUCUAGACGCCAGGAGAGGGUUGACCAGCCGUCCUUCCUUGCAGACCCUCUGGAGGCCCAACAGAGAUACAGCACAGGUUACAUCCAGUGCAUGCAGGAAGUCCACAACAUGCUCCUCACCUGUGACUGGAUGGACAAAACUCUUGGCUCCCGCCUGCUCAACCACCUGCUCAGGUCCCUACCCAGGUCCACCGAAGAGCACGCCGCACAACCCACGGCCAGAAAUGAUGUCCCAACUCUGGUCAGUCAAGACGCUCGACCCCAGCGCAUGACUCGGAGUAUUUAUUCGCUAUUAUAA